AUGUCUGAGAAUGUCGACUCCAGAGUGUUCGGCGAUCAGAUUCAAAAAUUGGAUUCCGUCAAUAACAUCAGAACUCGUAACCAUCUCACCGAUCCAGCCGAUCCUUGUGAAAUCAUCUACGAUCCAUUCAAAUGCUGGAACUUCCUCAAGUCUUAUCAUAAUCGAGUCUCAGAAGACAAACUUGAAGCUGUCACGAAGGCUCUUUAUGGCUGUCAAAUUACUAAAGCCGACUCUCUUUCUUCUUUCGUUGAUAAGUUUGAAAAUCUCAUUAGAGAAUUUUAUCGCCUAAAGGGCGAACUUUCAGACAUUCAAUCAGCCAGAAUGUUGAUCGGUGCUAUCCCUUCACUGUCGAUCGAGACAAAGGAGUAUAUUCAUAAUACCGUUGUCCCGUUAACUCGUGAAGGAGUUGGGACUUAUCUCCGAAAAUACGAAGAACGACACGGAUGGAGCAGUGCUGCUAUCCGAGAAGUCAACGCUGUAUCAGUUCGCCCGACCAAGAAAGUUUCUGGUGAAUGCACUCCUGAUGAGUGUUACGGUCCACAUCUUGCGAAGAAUUGUUGGUCGAAACCUGAAAACGUGGAUAAACGACAGGCGUUUCUCUCCAAGAUUCGAGGAAAAACCGGGGGUGGAACCGCUAGCUCUUCAGCGCCUCAACGACCUAAAUCACCAACUGUCAAAGGUGUCAAGAAAGUCUUUGACUCGAUUUAG